UCUCCCUCAGCGAUGCAGGGCCCAUUAUACAAAAAAUAAACCCAAAUCAAAUGAUGCGCAUUGCGCACCCUGCCCGCUCUUUCGUACAUUUCGCACACCAUUUGUCUUCUCCAAAAAGAUUUCUCUCAUUUUACUCUGUUCGAUCACAAGUUCCGCGAACCCUAGCUCUGACCAGAAGAAGGCCUGGAACGAUCUUAUCCUCUAUUAAACCAAUGGCGGAUACAGAGAACGUUUCGACGGCUAUAUUAGCCGAAGAGGACUCGAAAUUCGGCUUCACUCGACCGGAGAUGUACACGAGCAAUCUCGCCGGUACUGUGGGUCAGUACGACCGACACAUGUUCCUCUGCUUCAAGAGCCCCGAAGAAUGGCUUCCACGUGUUGAGGAAUCCGAAACUGAUCCCCUUCCUAAGCUUUUCUCUUCUGCUAUCAAAGCUCGUAAAAACGAUAUAACUCUUAAGACGAAUUUUACAAUAUGCGAGGGACGCGAGGGGACUGAGUUUGAGAGCGGAGACGUGUUGAUAUUUCCUGAUAUGAUCAAAUACAAGGGUUUGAAGGACUCAGAUGUUGAUGCUUUUGUUGAUGAAGUGCUUGUGAAUGGAAAGCCAUGGGCUUCUGGGGUGCAGGAGGUGCUGUCUGGUUCAUAUGUCUUUGUGUGUGCUCAUGCUAGUCGUGAUAAAAGAUGUGGCGUUUGUGGACCUGUUCUUAUUGAAAAGCUCAAAGAGGGGACUGAAUCUCGUGGACUGACAGAUCAGGUGUUCGUUAGUGCAUGCUCUCAUAUUGGGGGACAUAAAUAUGCUGGGAACGUGAUCAUCUAUAGUCCAGACUCAGAGGGGAAAGUUAUGGGUCACUGGUAUGGCUAUGUUACUCCUAAUGAUGUGCCUGAAAUUCUGGAUCAGCAUAUUGGAAGAGGAGAAGUGAUACAACGGAUUUGGAGGGGCCAAAUGGGGGCAUCUGCUGAAGAGGGUGAAAAAGUGGCCAAGGAAAAGCUUCCAAAUGGAAAAGAUGUGAAGGUGCGGAAGAAACGUGAAGAAAGCAACAUUGAGGUCAUUAAGGAGAAUGUCAGUGGAUGUUGCCAGGGUGCUAAUGGCGUCUCAUGCUGCAGAGAUGGAAGUUCUGGAGUAAGUGAAGAAAAGAAGGUGGAGGGAAGCACUAAAGCAUAUGAAAAGAAGGGGCUAGGUGGUAAACUGUCAAGCUUGAUUGCAUCAUUGGAUCAAGGUGAUGUUCUUGCAGCUUGUGCCGUGGUUGGAGCAGUUGCAACUAUUGCACUGGCCUAUAGCUUAUAUAAAAGGUCAGGCUGAAAUAUGCCUUUGUACACAUUAUAUUAGUAUUUGCUUGCGGGUGCACAUGCCCUUGCUUUUUUGUAGGCAGAUCCGGUGACACUGAAAAUAAUCAUCCAAGCCACAUCUUCGGAGACUGAUACAUAUAUGUUUUUGUUUUAAGGGUGGAUAUCUAUCCAGAAUUUGACAGGUAAGGAUGAAACGUGAUCCUCUCCAUUUCUCGAUUCCUAGACAUUCUAAGAAUGAUGCAACAUUUGGUUAAUGUUCUUAUUAGUCUGGAAAUAGUUUCAAUAACACUUGAUUAAAUUGGUUUCUGGUACAUCGUUGCUACGAUAUUGUUCUAUGACUAAAUGUUGCUGGAUUCUAACAUAUAUCAUGGAUUGUUGUAUUUAUCUUGUUGGAUAAUAUGGUAACUGUUAUAUGA